AUGCCCUUAACGUAUAAGCUGUGUCAUUAUAGGCCCGUCAAUGUAGUCUGCUGGAAACGCGCCAUAUGUUUGGAGUUCAUGGAUAAGGCUGAUGUUUUGGAAUAUUAUGAUCAAACAGUAAAUUCUCCCAGCGGCUCCUUCUAUAUUCCUGCUGUAUUGAGGGUCCCGCAUUUGCUACAAGUUGUGAAGAGAAGAACAGUGAAAAGAGGCCUCAGUCGUAAAAGUAUUUUAAACCGGGACAAUUUUAUGUGUCAGUACUGUUCUUCCUGUGAGAACUUGACCGUUGAUCAUGUCCUGCCAAUUGCUCGAGGGGGAAACUGGACCUGGGAAAAUCUGGUUACUGCCUGUGCCAAAUGCAACUCAAAGAAAGGUCAGAAAACCUUGGAGGAAGUAAAUAUGAGAUUGAUGAAGGUUCCCAAGGCUCCUAAGGACUAUGACAUACUUGCCAUACCGUUAACCUCUCAAGCAAUAAAGAUGCUGAAAAUGCGGAAAGGGAUGCCGGAAGAGUGGCAGCAGUACCUCUCAACCCAAUGA